CAUGUGUCGAAGCCUCGGGUAUCAGAGGAGCAUCACUACCGGCAGGUAUUUCGGAACGCUGGUGGAGGAACAUCGAGACUAUAUUAUUUUUUUCCACCUCCUUGCUAUUAAAAGCUGAGUAAAACAGUGCAAAUAACAUGUCUUCUUGGGCGAAAUCAUCCGGAGGUGGUCGGCGGAACUCAGGCAACCCGAACGGAAGUGCUCAACAGCUGCGUUUGUUCCGGAGAACAGCUCCUUACCCCACCAGAGAGGAGAGGGCCGAAGAUCUGAAGGCUGCCCUGGACAGUUAUGAAGAACUAGAACAAAUGCAAAACUACACCGGGAAUGCAAAGUUUGAGGGGCUCAAGAAUCAGACAAAUGCCAAGCCAGAUGGCAACACUCCAGCAGACAGACGUAAAACCCUCUAUCAGAAGUUCUACAGACAGGUGCAGGAGGACAGGAAGCCAGCCGACUGCGUUGUUCUCUCUGUCACCAACCAGAGCCUGGAUUACCCCAAAUCGCUAAGCCAGUGCUUGCAGGAGCGCGGCCUGUCGGUGGAAAUGCUCUACCUUCAAGUGGAAUCGGGCCUGACCCGGGCCCUGCAGGAUGUCCGAGCAGAUGGCUCCCCGUUAUGUAUUCUGGUGGAGCAGACAAACGUAGCUCUGUCCUCCUGCACUGUUAUCAUAUUCUCAGAAUCCCUCAAAAUCCAUCGCAACAUGCCCAAAGACCAGGCCAUGGACUUUGUUCAGGCCGAACACAAGCGCAGACUCUCCAAAGAGCGCCCACCGAGGGACCCUGCAGAUGCGGCGGCGCAGGCGUCGCAGCUGCUGGAUGACUUUCUGGAUCGGGAGAAGAUCGCGCGCCACACCGUUCCCUCAGAAACACGGCACCUCCUCACGCUGUUAGCCGACGGGGUGCAUCUGUACCCCGAGGAGCUGCAAACCAUCGCCGAGUACGUUCACGGCCGACAGGACCACAUACGAGCCUCCAACGCUGAGGGCGAGAGGGGAAACAUGUUACCUCCAGGAUUGGGGAAACCUCCUCCUCUGCUCCCUACCCCGCCUGGACCUCCACCACCUCAGCCUGGAGCUGGGGGGCCCAUGUUGGACCUCCCCCCACCUCCACCUGUCCCCCUCUUACCUACACCAGAUUUCUCAGAGGCAUUUCUCAAGCAUUUACUUGACCACUUUAACAAAGGUUCUUAUCCUAAAACCAAACCUCCACCACUGCUGUCCUUACAUGGGCUUCCUGGUCCGUCAUUAGGGGCCCCACUUCUUCGAGGUCCCCUGUCUUCACACAUGCCGCUCAGUGGGCCCGGUGUUUCUCGCGGACCUCUGCUCCACCACCCUCCUCCUCCUUCAUUCCACCCAGGACCAGCCAGAGGUCUUCACGGGCCCAGAGGAGCUCCUCCAUCUCUAAAGAGCUCUCGUCCUCCCCUUCUAUCCUCCCCAGGUUGCCUCCUUCCACGACCGCUUGGCCCCCAUCAUUAAGAAAUCCCAGAGACUCACACACACUGUAAAAACUCGCAGGUUCCAAGCUGCAUUUUGAGCAUUUCAGCUCAUUUCAACAGAAGAUUCCUGACCUUUUGCGUAGGAUUCCUCUGCCGACCUUUUUUUAAACACAAGUAGUGAACCACAUUUAGCUAGGAAAAAAUAAUGAUAGUUGAUGUUAGAUAUUAUUGUGGAUGGACCGAUGGAAGAUGUUAUGUAAUAAUCAGAUUGAGAAUUUUAAGUAUGUUUUUCAAGAUCCCUCCCGGAUUUUUUAUUUUAUUUUUUUGUAAUGAUGUUUGCAUCCAGCUUGCCUCUUUAAACUGUAACGUUGGUGUUGGUUACAGUGACAAGCUGCACAGGGUCAACCUUAAUCAGGAAGCUUGUUUAGCUGAGUGCACAGAAACACCAAAUGCAACAGCUGGCUGCUAAUCCAUAGUUAAAGCAACAAGAAGGCAAGAGGUAUUGGUCUAAAGUCUAAAUGAAAAGACUGGUUUUGCUCCUAUCUGGCACUGAGUAUUUGCGCUCAAUAUAUUCCAUAAACUUUCCGAAGGAUUUGUCUUUAACAGAGUUGAAUGGAAGUAUGUCUUGCACAAUCAUAGGCAGAGUUAUCUUGUCAGACGGAGCAGAUUACAAUGUCUACAGGUAAGCCGCUGCCAAGUGUGGCCAACGUUGGCAGUGCAAUCACCAGCAACGUUUUUCCCUUGCAGGUUAACGUGCAUAUGCUUGUGCUGAAUGUGGAUCCUCUUUGCUCCAGUCGACUUCUUAAGCACCAGUUUUUUUCUGACAAAAUACUGCCAGAUUGUGCUGAUCUUACGAGAUAUCAUUUGUCCCACUUUCCACCUUGUUGACUGACAACAUCUGCGCCGUGAAGGGGGCCUGCUGUCUGUAACAUCCAAGAAGCACCAGCUCAGUGGCAUUCUGUAACAAUGAGGUUACUAGUGAAGGUAGCAUCUUUUAACUGUUUAGUCAACACGCAUCCCAAAAUCAGAAUUCUGUUCUCCUGUAGAUAAUCGCAGGUAGUCUUCCUGCUGUGUUUUUCAAGAUGGUGCUUCUGAUUUUACAAGAUUCUCUGCUGAGGAGAAUUUCAACAACCAACUAAUAGCUUGUUUUUCCAAGCUGCAUUCUCAAAUGUAAUGUUUUUAUGUUACUUUUUUUGCCGUAAAUAAUCAGUCUGAAGAACUUUGUGUGACAGCUCUCGUUCUACAGUUGCAUGUACGACCUUUUCAUCUUUUACAACAAAUCAGAAAAUCGGCUGCAUUUUUUUUGUUUACGUUGACAUAUUUUUACAGAUAUGUCUUUAAAUUGCUUUUUGUUCAAAUCAGUUGUAACAAGAUAACUGCCAAAAAGUAAUUCCCUUCUCAACAUCCUGACUUACCGUAAGCUUUGUGUUGUUACUCGGAUUUUCCAAAAAAUGACUGUCCUCAUUAAAGCACAAGCUUUUACAUACUUCCAGGAGGAAUCACAAAUCAAGUGAACACAGACUUUCUUAUCAGCAGGAUGCCUUUAUACAGAACAUAUAAGGCACCUCCACUGCAAAAUCUCUGGCUGAGCAUGCCGUGUUGUCAUUACCCUCUGUUCAAAUUGAAUUUUCGCUUUUAAAUAUGUUGUCUGCAGUCAGCAUGAAAACCUUAAAUGUUUGACAUAUUAUGGAACAAUUGCAUUCACUCUCUCUUAUUGUAAUUCAGGGAAAAUGUAUAGGUUUGCUCCAGAACAAGCAGUUUUGUACUUUAAUUAAUGCAGCUUUUUUUUCUAGACAUUAUUUUUGACUCAUAAAAAAAAUCGUACAUCUUCUUGUUUGGUUGUUCAUAUUCUUUUGCUGUCCUUAAAUGCAGUUUUCUGUUUUUUUGCAGUCCGGAUAAAUGCAGUUGUGAGGACACAUCUCCGUUACUGAGUCAACAUCACUUCACAGCUUGUACUGGUUGUUAAAAAGGAGUUUUAAGAUGUUCCCUACAGCACUUGACAGGCGGUUUAGGUAAACAUCUGCUUGUGACAAUUUGAACUGCACACCAGAAAGCGGUAAAUUUAUUUAAAAAAAAAAACAAAAAAAACCCCGAUUCUUUCAAACUGCCCAUCGUAUUUUUUAUUUCGUUUUUUUUGUAGAUAGUCUUUGAAUCCUAAACUCUUUAUUGUAUUUUUUUGUUGAUGUUGAAUAUAUUGUAAAUAUUCGACCACUUGUUGCUUUGGAUUUGUUUUCUUUGACGUGCAGCAGUGUUGAUGUUCAACAGGUAUGAAGGGGGAAUCGUGACUAUAUUUUCAAAGAAAACGUCUAUAAAUGUUUUAAUAUUUUAAUGGAUUUCAUGAGCCUUUUUGAUGUUUUUUCUUUUGUUCAAAAGAGAAUUAAACAUUAAGUAUUAAAGAUG